AUGAAAUUCUCGAUUGUGUUGCUUACAUGUACAACGUUACUUAUGGCGAACUCUUGGAAAGCAUUCCGAUCAAAGACCACAGCGGAAGAUUCAUAUAUUCAAGAAUACUGCAAUUACGAAUGCCGAGAUCCGCAGCCUAAGGGAACAAUUAGUGAAUACUGCGUUCGUGAAUGCAAGAGACUCUGUAAAGAUAAUCCACGACCGUGCAGGCAUCCAAGCCGAGGAGUUCCUGUUAUAUGA